CGGUUCAUUUCUGAGUACUCUCUUCGUACUCUUCUAGCUCGGUUUGCUACAAAAUGGACAGUGUCAGAAUUAUGAUGGUUCGUGAUCUGCUUAACUUCAAGGUUCUGGUCCUCCUCAUAUUUGCAUCCACGUACGUCAGUGCCGGACCUGUAUACGCUAACACCAAAUGGACGGACUCCCAUGCGACGUUCUACGGUGGAAAUAAUGCUCAAGGAACGAUGGGAGGCGCAUGCGGAUAUGGAAAUAUGUACUCCAGAGGUUAUGGUCUGGAGACCACGGCCUUGAGCUCGACUCUCUUCAACAAAGGGCUUACUUGUGGCGCCUGCUUCGAAAUCAAGUGCAAGGUGGCUGACACCAGAUGGUGCUUUCCCAAGGCUGGUUCCAUCAAGGUCACUGCCACAAACCUCUGCCCUGCAAAUCCUGCGAGACCCACCAACAAUGGCGGGUGGUGCAACCCGCCCAGGACUCAUUUCGAUCUGUCGUAUCCGAUGUUCACUCGCCUGGCCAAAGCAGUGGGAGGCAUCAUCCCCGUGCAGUUUCGGAGAGUACCAUGUGUGAAGGUUGGAGGAAUACGUUUUGUCAUGAAUGGCAAUCCAUGGUUCAACCUCGUGCUAGUUUACAAUGUGGCUGGAGGUGGAAAUGUGGUGAACAUGCAGAUGAAAGGUUCCAAAACCAACUGGUUCACGAUGAGGCAGAAUUGGGGACAGAACUGGGAACUCAAGCAGAAGCUGAAGGGACAAUCCAUAUCGUUUCGGAUGACGCUUGGCAAUGGAAAGGUGAUGAUUGCCAACAACGUGGCCCCAGCAAACUGGAACUUCCAACAGACAUUUGAAUCCGAUAGCAACUUUUAGGCUUCCUCGAAAACUGCGGCCAGCUGAAUGUCUGUCAUAAUUCUCAGGCAAUGCACAUUACUUGAGCCAGCACCAUAUUUCAGCUGACUAAAAUCGGCCGCUUGUAGCUCGCGAUUCUCAAUGCAGGUGAUGACGAGCUAGGCAAUCUUGAAUCGUGACUGAUAAUAAACGGGGGAGGCGUGUAGAGACGAGGGGCGCCCACCGUUGUACGAGCAAACGCGACUGGAUGGCUUGAAUCCAAGAGGUGUCUCAAUACACAGAAGAAACUACUUCACCCAUAGGUUCAUGUGGCGUGUGUAUUUGGGUUCCAGGUCGUUGUACCAGAAGAAUCAAGCAUAGUUUGUGCAGUGUAAGAUACUCCAGCUCGAAACAGAGAGUUGGAGGUAAACGCGGAGGAGGUGAGAUCAUCAAAACCACCCGCCACGACAAAGUGAGGUAUUAAGUUUCACAAUCAAAAGAAGUAAGAUGGUUUACCCGGUGGUCGAGACCCUGCAGCUGGAGUGCCUUUCUGAUGCCAUUGCACGCUGAGCGUGCGGCGAAUGUUCUCCUAAAGCAGUCCACCACAAUGUAAACCAGAUAUCUGUUGUAAAUUAGGCUGAUAGCUCGAGGUGUAGGCAGAUGAAGCCCACCCGCUUGAAGAUGUAACUUUAGUGUUCGAUGAAGCUACUGACUGUGACCAGACUGUGAACUUGCAAGCCGAGAUGCAGGCGAACCGAUGCCCAUCCGCUAAAACAAAUUGACAGUUAGAUCUACAGACUGUCCUAUAGUUGCUGAGUUUUGAGCCGAUUUGCCAACCAGCUCUAUAAUUAGUCUGGUACAGAAUAAUGGACGUGGACAUUUUUGGUUCAUGCAAGAAGUGUCUUCGUUACCUAUCCGUGAUGCUUUGACUGGAAAGAGUCAUGUCUUUUCUUCAAAGCCAUGAUGAAGAACAAGUUUGAGAAUCUUGAUAAGAAUGCUGAUGUAGCUGCCAUCAGUGAUAUUAGCUAGCUAGCUAGCGGCGAGGCUUACUACUUCAUCAUUGGACUUAGAAUAAAUCAUGCAAGUCAUCAUGUUUUAAAAGGAUUUGUUAGCCUUGUAGAAAUUGCAACAUUCACAGCUUGUGUAGGGAAACUUGUGUACCUUCACAAAUCCUGUUCGUCAACAUUUCUGGUAUCAGCUUGGGGGUUAUCUAAGGGCCCCGGUGAUGCUCUUACUGUUCUUGCACAUGCAUAUCAACCAGCAUUGCAAUUCUCAGCAUAAUCGAAU